GGCAGCAACGGCAACACAGCCAUCAGCACUCGGCAGCUGUCAGCGCUGAUCGGCUCCAAAUCAGAGUCAGCCAGUCUCGGUCUCUCCGGCGAGCUCCUGCGCCGUAGUCAUCAUCGCCAUGGCUAGGGAAGGAGAGCUCAAGAGGAUUGACCUGAAGGUGAACGUGAGCUGCUGCGAGGGGUGCAGGAGGAAGGUGAUGAAGGCCAUGAGCUUGAAAGGCGUGCUGAGGACGGAGAUCCAGCCGUCGCACGACAGGGUGACGGUCGUCGGAGACGUGGACGCCAAGGUCCUCGUCAAGAAGCUGUCCAAGGUCGGCAAGAUCGUCGAGGUGCUGCCACCGGCGUCGCACUCCGAGAACUGCAAGAGGCGCGAGGAGGGCGUCGUGAAAGACAGCAGCGACGACAGGCCGGCGCCGGAGGCGGAGGAGAAGAGCGGCAAGGGCAAGGACGACGGCAAGGGCACGGGGGGCGACAAGGCCGCGGCGGCGUGCGAGGAGGGAUGCAAGAAGUGCGCGCACAAAGCCGCUCGCGCCUGCGCCGCCGCCGAUGGCGGCAGCGGCGACCACCACGCCAGCGGCAAGGCGGCAGCGUCCAGGGACAUCGGUGCGGACGCCAGGAGCGGCGAGGGACGCCGCGACGCCGACGGCUCCUUCAGCGGCAAAGCCGCCUUGGCGCCAGAUCACGCGGCGCCGGCGCCGCAGGUGCAGAUGCAGCAGCACUACCACCGUGCGGAGCCGGCGAUGGUGGUGCCGGUGCACGUGCCGGCGUACUACCCUCCGGUCGCGGCGCCGGCGCCGUACUACGGCGGCUACUACCCGAUGCCGCCGCCGCCGCCCAUGCCGAUGCCGAUGCUGAUGGGGGCGCCCCGGCGGCAGCUCCGGCCGCAGCCGUCCCGCUUCGACGAGGACUACUUCAACGACGACAACACGAUCGGCUGCCGCGUCAUGUGAAGCAAUCAAACAACAUGGCCGACCCAGCCAGCCAUGGACGUCGUCACCUCAACGCUGUUCCUGCCCCGGCGGCGUAGCGCCAUGCCUUACCGUGUCGAUCGUUUUCCCGAGCGGAUCGCAUCGACGGCGGCGAUGCGUCUGCCGCGCGUGCACAGUCAAUGUAACCGUAACCAACAACCCAAGAAUCAAUCAAACGAAUUCUUUUUCUCCAUUCGAUGGAGCCGGUGUGCACAGUGUAACCGUAACCACUAACCAACAACCCAAGAACUCUUCUUGAUCAA